CUCUAGCUCUGCUACUCCGACUUCCUUGGCUGCUUAUGGCAUCGCGACAAUUCCACACGAAGACAAGAACCGGCUGCUCCAACUGCAAGAGGCGACAAGUCAAGAUAGGCUCGACAUUAUCCAUCCAUUGAGACGUGCUACUCCAAAUCCGUGCGUACUGCACAUCACUAACCGGUUGGUAAGGCUGGGAAAUGCUGCUCCAGAAGGUGGGGAAGGAUAUCAAAUCCUCGCUCUUCCUGGCACUAAGCCAACGUCAACCACGAAUCCAGAAACCAAGCAGUAGACUGAUGUUCGGUUAUCAUCAAUGAUAUUCUACCCGCGGCAGUAAACGAGGCGGAUGCUUCCUGCCCACGUGUAGACGCCAAUCGUGCGUUGGGCUGAAUGAUAAGGACCAAGGGUCGGUCAGCUUACAGGUCCAGAUCCUUGGGCUUACUCAGGUCAAGCUGAGGCAAUACGAGAAUGACCAGUAACAAGUGAUAAGUCACUGUCCACGGGCGUCGCUGAUUGGAGCAGAUAUUCACUUCCACCGCCUCAUACGAGCUAUGAGAGGUGCGGUACAGCUGAUCUGAGGCUCUUCAUUGCGUGAAUGUCACUUCAGGCAGAGAUGGGUUGUUUAUCCAUCUCUUUUGUGUCGCAUCCCUGUCGUUUCAGCCUUGUGCAACACAAACCUGCGUGACAGAUUGACAGCGAGCUCAAGAUGUUUGACUAUCUCAUAGUCGGUGCUGGCCCGUCGGGCUUGUGCGCUGCGAAAACCAUACUCGAAUGUGAGCCUGACGCCAAAGUGAAGAUUCUCGACGCGAACAAAACUAUCGGCGGCGUAUGGUCCAAGGAAAACAUCUACCCAGGUCUCAAGACGAACAAUCUGCGUGGUGGCAUCGACUUCUCCGACUUUCCUAUGCACGAUGGCUUCGGCAUCCCUGACGGCCAACAUCCAACAGGCGAAGUCAUGCACGAGUACUAUCAAGCCUACGCUGAGCGGUCCGACCUCUUGAGAUUGAUUGAAUUUGACACCAAAGUCUGCGACAUCUCACGACUCGAGGGUUCGCAAGGCUGGAGAUUGAAAACCGAAACUGGCUCCAACGAAUUCCAAACCAAAAAACUGCUCAUUGCCACCGGCAUCACGAACCUUCCUCAUCGACCGGUCCUGCAAGGCGCAGAAGACUUCGGCGGCCCAAUUAUCCACUCGGCAGAGCUAGGACUUAAGGGAUCCUUCCUCUUCGAAAAUCCUUCCGUCAAAACCGUCGCCGUCCUCGGUGGUGGAAAAUCAGCAUACGAUUCUGUCCAAGUCGCAGGCAAGGCAGGUCGCCAGGUCGAAUGGAUCAUCCGCAAGUCCGGCAAAGGUCCUGAAUGGAUCUUCCCCAGCCGCACCAAGAUCGGUCCCUUCACGAUCCCACGGGAAUUUCUGCCAUCGCGACGAAUCGUCUCGUUCUUUAGCCCAUGUCUUUGGAACGACGGAUUCAGCAUGAUCAGAGACUUCCUGCACUCCACCACCCUGGGCAAGAUGAUUGCACAGAAAUUUUGGGCAAACCUGCACGCAGCAACGAUAACGGACUGCGGCAUGCGCAACCACGAAAAAACCAGCGUCUUGGAGCCCGAGACAAGUCCCUUCUGGUACGGCACCGCCUCAGGCGUGUACAACUUCGAGAAGGACAUCUACACGAUGAUCAAGACCGGCCAAGUGCGCGUGCACCGCGAAGACAUCUCGCACCUCUCCCCCGGCCACAUCAAUUUCACCAACGGCACCUCGAUCCAAGUCGACGCACUCAUCACGGCCACCGGCUUCUCCGCCCAUCCCACACUGUCAUUCACACCCAUCAGCAGCCGUUCCGACCUCGGCGUCCCCUCGACGCACCUCACCCACGCGCAGCAAGCAUUCUGGGCUGACAUGAACGAAAAAGCCGACCUGCGCAUCGCCACCCAGUUCCCGCGCCUGCUCAGCGGCCCCUUCCUCUCGCCCAGCAGCAGCACAAUCAAGCAGUACAACCCGGGCGUCGACAAAGAGAUGGAUUACUCCCCGUUUCGCUUGUACCGUGGCAUCGCGCCUCCUGGGCCCACCACGCACGGCGACCACUCAUUGGCGUUCGUGAGCAUGUUCAGCAACCUGGCGAACACGCCACGCUGCGAACUCCAAUGUCUCUGGGCAUACGCCUAUCUAAACCACAAGCUCGACAUCGACACGCGGACCGUGUUCGACGAGACGGCGCUCAUGGCUCGGUUCGCCCACUUCCGGGCCCCGUUCGGCCACGGUCGGUUCUUCCCGGAUCUGGUGUUCGAUCAGGUUCCCUACUUCGAUCUCUUGCUGCAGGAUCUUAAGUUGCCGUACUGGAGGAAGCCAAAUCUGUUCGCCGAGUUGUUUUGGAGCUAUCGCGCAUCGGACUACAAGGGCGUGGUGCAGGAGUGGCUGCAUGCGAAUGCAGGCGUGGUCAAGGCAGUGGGUUCGGAGAAGACGCCUCUUCUAAGCAAUUCCGUGUAGAUACGAUAAGGUCUCGAAGGGCAUCAAGCCUACGCAGCAUGGACAGGACUAGACGAGCGAAUUUAUAGACUUCACAUGCAAAUAUGAU